AUGCACGAUGCCGCCAAGGAAUUGGAAAAGCUUUCUUUGGGCGUUGUCGAGGGGGCUAUGUUGGAUUGCCACUGGUUCGAACCUCAUGCUUUCAAAGCAACCCUUUCGCCCAGCGCCCCUUCGGCUCAGGGCACACCCCACCAUGGAGCAGCAAGUGAAUUGAAGCUGGUGUCGUUGGAGGGUGAAGAAGCAAAACGCUUCAGAACAGCUAGGGGGUAUCAAGCUCUUUACAGUGCUGCAGCGCAGCUUUGGAGAGAAGGUGUUGACAUGAGCCGCGCAAUUCAAAUAGUUUCAAAGGCAGCGACGCCGCCCAAGAAAAGACCAGCGCCUGGAACCGGCGCGGAGCCGAAGGCGAAAGCCAAGAAGGGUGAGCUCCCACCCCUACCGCCAGAUCACAGGUCAAUGCCCCAUAUGCAGCUCUUGGAUGAGUCAUACUGCAUGGCGACCGAUUUCAAUGGGCCUAAGCUGGCUGUUCACCUACGACCCUGGCAGAUUCCACACCGCGCAGAUUUUGGUCUGCGUGGGACGUCGGACAUUGCCAGAUACCUAGUGUUCCAGGGUGCACCUGCGCAUGUUGUGGUUUUCCAUUUCUCCAUUGAGGAAGUGCAGCAUCAGCUGAUGCAGCUGAUAUGCCUAAAUGGCCUGCAAACCAACCCAGAUUGUCCUGGGUGUGAACGCGUUGUAGGCACAUGGCUUCAAAAGGAAUGGCUACAGCUUCCUCGUGAGGAGAUUGAGGCCUCUGACUUCAACGCACCACCCGAGCUUUUGGGACCAGAGAAGAUCUUCACGCUCAAGGGCUGGAAUCGCUCAGCCCAGGAAUCCGCUGCCACCUUCGCAACCGCAUACGCACUUGGAAAGCAUGAAGCAGCCGCCACCAUGAACCUGAUGCGGCGCAUACUGAGCGACAUCAAGGAAGGAUUGACCUUGUUGGUGAGGUUUGAAAAGCGCCACGCAGACGCUGACUUGUUGGCGAUGCUCGAUGGGGGAGUACCACCACCCGACCUCUCGAAAGUGAGCGUCUUCGCAGUGCAUCUUUCCAAAUUCUCGACAGAGGUGGAGAAGCGGAACCUCGAAAAGGCUCAACAGCUUCUCGGCCUAAGACUGGGCAGGGGAUCAAUGGAUGUGAAGUACCUCUCAGACCGCUACGACACAGGCAAGGCUGCAGUGGACAAGCUCCUGGCCGAGAAGCAUCGCGUUGCGCGGCAUUCUUCGACCUGCAUGGGGCAUACUGCCAUAGUGCAAAUGCAGGGUGACAUGGGCCCGGAUGGGUUGACCGUCUUGAUUGCAGAUGCAACCUUGUGGCCAACGCGUGCGUUGUCAAUCGACGAAGAGCUCCAAGUGGCGCAGAGCGUGACCUCUGGGAACCCUAAAUCAAUAUCCUUUUGGUUCCUGCCACAAUGGCCCAGCAGCGCGGGCAAGGUUGCAGUGCUGAAGAAUCGACGACUGCUAGAAGAUAAAGUGGUGGGGAAUCUGGGGUGCUUGGCAGGGGUGGCUCCUGGCAUGACGGAAGUCCCAUGGGCUCGCAGCAAGGCCUUGGCGGGGGCCAUCGACGAUGUGGAUCGGGCGAGGGUGAGCGAGCUGAGCAACCCGGAGCCCGACAAGCCAUUAGCGCCCCACUGGCGAGCUGCUGGGCCGAAGGCUCGUGCUUCAGAGCCCUUCUCAGAGGUGGUGGACAACGAGCUGAAGUUGGAAGCUUUUGCACCGCUCGCCCGAGAACCCUCCGUUGAAGUCGCCUUCACCAAGUCGGGCAAUUUGUGGCUUGUGAACCGUGGGGUGGCAGCUGUCAACCUCACCCAUGGUGAACUGUUUGGCUUUAACGUGGGCGCAUAUGUGGAAGUGCCGGCAGGACAAGUGACCAAAGAGGAUUCGUCGGUCCUCAUCCUGGUCAAGACCUCGGUGGGCGAUGCGGGCACACAAGUCACUCAGAAAGAUACAACGACCUUGGCAGACCUACUGUGCUCCGUGGCCAGAACUCGUGGAGUUACAGAAGCUCGUGUGAUCGAUCAUUCUUUGAAUGGCAUGGUGAAGGCGGGGCCUGAUGGUGACCAGAUCCCGCUCAAAUUUCGCUAUGAAGUCCAGCCGGAUACCAAAAUCAACGCCUUCAAGCCGAAGCCAUUAGCAGAUAACUCAGGCUUGCGCGCUGGUCAGUUUGGAGGCAUCUUCCAUGACCGGAUCUUGCAAAUCCCAACUGCGCCUCAUUGCGACAUCGUCUGGGAGGCGGGUCAGAAACUCAAAAGAUGGAAUCCAACGAAUGUCCAAACACCAGGGGUCAACCCUCACACUUCAUGUCCAAUAGUGUCCAAUCCUGGGAGGUGA